AUGCCGACAGUUGCCACGAAAGAAAAUAAAAAACAAUGUAAAAGACGAGCUGAAAGUGAAAUAAGAAAUUUUAAACGAAGUCGGCUGCAAAUUAAUUCACCUCUGGCAACGAAUUCAACUCGUAAUUUUUCUUCCAACGAGUGUUUUAUUCAGCCAUCUUCCGUUAUUUCUUCAAUAAAAACAGUAGCAGCAAAAUCAACAGCUCAACAGCCAAAUGAAUGCGAUCUUUCGUCGUGGAAUGUCGGUGCAAUGCGUAAAACUUUAGAUCAAGCUAAUGAAAAAAUGAAAUUUGAUUGUGAUCAUAGAAUUCACUGUUCGGAUAAUACCACAAAACUUAAUAAUACUGAAGUGGAUGAUGUUCUUCCACACUUUUCUAAUUCUCACUGUUUUCAAGUACAAAGAGUUUGUGAAAGGUUGUUAAAAGAGCAAGUUAUUCGCCUUCGUUUUGAAUAUGAACAGGAAUUAAUAAGGCGUUUUGAAGAACAACGUAAACAGUUUAUACAGUUUAUCAAAGAACAGAACAUGAAUAAUGUUGAUGAAGGUCGUUGGGGCUAUCUGUCAUGA